CGAUGAGAAUGCAUCAGUAUCUGGUCAAAUGGGGAAUCAAUAUUAACAAAGGUGGCAACUUUAUCUACAAUACGAUGCGACAGGUGAUCCAGUAUAUAUACGCAACAAUACGAAUCAAAUGCAGAACCGAAGUUACGAAUGCCCGUGUAGGGAAAUUCGAUGUACAGAAAUCAUCAGUACUUUGGUUAGGCGCGCACGCCUUUCAUACGGUUAUGUCUUUGAAAGCCGACCGCUAUGCUGCGAUAGUACUCAAACGGCUCGCUUUCGAUCUUUCUCUUGCGAGACAUAGACGAUCAGUGAAAAUGUUAAGAGGGGUGGUUAAAGAUGGUCUUGCAGGCCUGAAGGGUAUACAGUUUUGAGGGGGUUCCAAUUGGCGUGCCACUUUCCGUUCAGGGACCGCAGCUGCGAGAUUGAAAUUUUUUUCGCGAUAUAAUCCAAUACCCAACGCUAUGAGUUGUACACCUGCUUGCGUUGUCCUGCUUGCAUGCCUUGGUCUAAGCCCUCCUCCCACGCGGCGUCUUUGAUAAUAGGAUGGAAGCCCUCGGUGAACAUUUC